AUGUCUUUGAAAGAUAGAGCCCAGUGGUUGCCCUUUAUCCAACAAGAACUUCCAAAUAGGGUCCAAGAUGAUAACAUCAUAGAUACCCUUAAGUUAAGCUACGAUCCUCUUCCAUCAUAUUUGAAGCAUUGCUUUGCAUACUGUAGCUUAUUCCCGAAAGGUCACAAGAUAGAUGUAAAAUAUAUGAUUCGACUUUGGAUUGCACAAGGGUUUGUUAGCUCUUCGAAUUUGGGUGAGUGCUUAGAAAUUGUUGGUCUUAGGUGCUUUGAGAGUUUGCUGUGGAGGUCCUUCUUUCACGAAGUGGAAAAGGAUGGUUUAGAUAACAUAGAAAGUUGCAAAAUGCAUGAUUUUAUGCAUGAUCUUGCAACCCAUGUCGCUGGUUUUCAGAGCAUCAAAGUGGAGCGUGGACGAAAUAGGAUUCGUGAAAUGACUCGGCACGUGUCAUUUGACACAGAAUUGGAUUUGUCCCAACAAAUUCCAAUUCCUUUGCCUUGUGCAAAAAGUCUGAGAACCCUUAUAUUAUUGCAAGGUGGCGAAUGGGAUGAGGGGCCAUGGGUGUCAAUUUGUCGAGACUUUAGGCAUUUACGUGUGCUUGUUUUGAGUGAUUUUGGAAUGAAGGAAGUGUCACCUCUCAUUGAAAAGAUCAAGCACCUUAAAUAUCUUGAUCUUUCAGAUAAUGAGAUAGAGGCGCUUUCUAAUUCUGUCACCAGUCUGGUAAAUUUGCAAGUGCUCAAGCUCAAUGGUUGUACGAAACUUAAGAAACUACCUAGGGAUAUUGGCAAGCUGAUCAAUCUGAGGCAUCUUGAUGUUGGUUGCUAUCGUGAUGUCAUUGACCGAAAUGGUGGGACCCAGAGCUGGAUAGUGAUUCAGAUAUUGAUUUAUAUUAAAAUGUUGCCAAGCCUCCGGCCAAACUGGAGUCUUCAAGAGCUGAGAGUUGAAGGCUAUGGAGGUAUGAGGUUUCCAAGUUGGGUUUCAAAUAUCUCAAAUCUUGCAAGGAUUUGUCUGGAAAGCUGCAAAAGACUUAAGCAUAUCCCUCCCUUAGAUGGAAUCCUUUCUCUUGAAGAAUUAAGUAUUGUGGGAUUGGAUGAUUUGGAGUACAUAGAUAGUGAGGGGGAUAGAGGAAGAGGAGCGUCGACGUUUUUCCCAUCCUUAAAGACACUUGUUAUCUAUGGUUGUUUUAGACUGAAGGGAUGGUGGAAGAGAUGGAGUAGAGAUGAGAUGAAUGAUGAUAGUGAUGAGUCAACAAUAGAAGAAGGGUUGAUAAUGCUCUGUUUUCCAUGUCUUUCUUCCUUGUUCAUUUCUGAGUGUCCAAAUCUGACUUCGAUGCCGUUGUUUCCAACUCUCGAUGAAGGUCUUUAUUUGCGGAGGACUAGUUCAAUGCCCCUACAGCAGACAAUGAAGAUGACAUCACCAGUCUAUUCUUCUUCUUCUUCUACAUUUACCCGUCCUCUCUCCAAAUUGAAGAGACUAUAUGUAUUCAAUUGA